AUGCUUGCACACUACGUUGUUUUCCUCGCCUCUUUCGCCCUUGCACUUGCUGCUCCAGCACCCGUCAAAGUUGCAGUCCCGGAUGCAAUCCAUGGACCACCACUGGGCCAGACCUUUAAGCUGAGAGAUGGAACAGAAGUCGUCGCGCACCAAGAGACAUCCCAGACGUCUGGUGGGAUCGACACUCCUAAAGAAGACAUUGUCGGUGCACCGCUAGGUGAAACUUUCCGUGCACGCUGA